CUUGGCCCAGCCCGCCGCCCCGCCCUGUGGCGCAGGAGAGCCGGUGGCCGACGAGCCUCCCGGAGCCCCCGACUCGCUCGGCGGCCGUCAGGGCCCAGGCGCUCCGCCCGCCUCGCCUCGCCUCCCGGCCGGCCAGGCCCGCGCCGUGUCGUGAGGCGGCGCGGAGGCGAAGCGACGCGACUAGGCCGCGGCGAGCCGGGGACUGGCGUAGCCGCCGUGGCCGGGUGGCGUAGGGCGAGGGCCGGGCAGGCGGCGCGCGGCGAGGCCCUCCGCUCCGGGCCGCCUCCUCCUCCUCCUGCUCCCCGAUGUGGCUGCAGCAGCGGCUGAAGGGGCUGCCGGGCCUGGGGUCGAGCAGCUGGGCGAGGCGGCUGCUGGCCCUGCUGAGCUUCGUGCUGGUGGCCUACUGGUACCUCGGCGGGGCCUGGCCGCGCCUGCUGCCCUGGAGGCCCGGCCGGCCGGCGGGGGGCGCGGCGGGGCUGUGCCUGCAGGCCGAGACCCGGGCCUGGCAGGCCUUGGCCGAGAGGGGCGAGGCCCGCCUGCUGCAGUUGCCGCCCGGGUCCGGCGCAGGAGACCCCGAGGCCCCGCUGGCCCUGGUGGGCAACGGGCACCUGCUGCUGGACGUGGCCGCCAACCAGCUGUGGGUGGCCCCGGCCCUGGGCAAGGGUGCCGCCUCCGCCUCCCCUUCUCUGGGCACCGAGUACCCGGCCUUGGCCCAGCUGAGGACCCCGGGCAAUGCCCUGGGCGAGACAGGGGCCGCCGCGGUCAUGCUGAGGGACGGGGCCGUCCACCGGGCCCGCUGCGUCCACAUGGGGCCGGCGGCCUCCGACGGGGCGGCCCGGGAGUGCGUGGCCGUGCGGGAGGAGGUGCUGGCCCACCGUGGGCGGCCACACCUGUACCUGCAGCGCCUGGCCAUUGUCAACCCCACCGAGCGACAGGUGGCCUUUGAGGUGUCCGGCCCGCUCUCAGCGGCCUCCCUGACUCUUGGCGGCGGCGGGGCCAAGACCGGCAGCAAGUUUGUCACCAGCGUGGAGAAAGUGGGAGACCGGCAGUUCCUGCUCUCCUCGGGCCGCGUGCUCCAGCCAGACGGUGCCAAGGUGGUGCUGGUGGUGGUGGCCGCCAAGAAGUUGGUCACCCGGGUGCAGGUGGUGCCCAAGUCGCAGUUUGAAGAGACCUUGGUGUCUGUGGUUCACACCUCUGAGCCCAUCGACGUCUCCCAGCUGGACGAGACCUUCAGCAAGCUCCGGGAGGCGGCCAAAAGGGAGAUGCUGGAGGUGCUGAGGGUGAGGGUGGAAGACCUCCUGCAGGAACAUCGCAAGGCCUGGGCCGACCUGUUCAUCUCAGGGGUGGAAAUGAGGAAGAUCACGGAUGCUCACACGCCUUCCAGCAAGACGGUCAACAUGACACUCUAUUACGUUCUGUCCACCACCCCAGCUCCCCUUCUGGAGCCUCUCAUUAGCAGUGAGGAAAAGGAGAAGAUGGGAGCCACGCUGAACUAUGCUGACCACUGCUUCAGCGGCCACGCCACCAUGCACGCAGAGACCCUCUGGCCGGCGCACUUGCCGAGCGUGUCUCAGGUCCUGCAGCUCUCAGAUUUGUGGAAGCUGACCCUGCAGAAAAGAGGGUGCAGAGGCCUUCUGGCGGCCGGAGCCCACGGCCUCAUGCAAGGGAUGGUGCUCAGCUUUGGAGGGCUGCAGUUUACAGAGAACCACCUCCAGUUUCAAGCUGACCCAGAUGUGCUCCAUAACAGCUACUCCUUGCGUGGGAUUCAUUACAACAAGGACUUGAUCAACCUGGCCGUUCUGCUGGACGCGGAUGGGAAGCCCUUCCUGCACGUCUCUGUGAAGUUCCAAGAGAAGCCGGUCCAGCUGUACGCCUGCGAGGGGGGCUGCUCGAAUGAGCCUGUCGAGCUCACUUCGGAGCUGCGUGGCCACACUUUCCCCGUCAUGGUGACGCAGCCCAUCACGCCGCUGCUCUACAUCUCGACAGACUUGGUCCACUUGCAGGAUCUGAGGCACACGCUGCACCUGAAGGCGAUCCUGGCGCACGAAGAGCACAUGGCGAAGCAGUACCCCGGCUUGCCCUUCCUCUUCUGGUUCAGCGUGGCCUCCCUCAUCACCCUCUUCCACUUGUUCCUCUUCAAGCUCAUUUACAAUGAGUAUUGUGGACCGGGGGCAAAGCCGCUAUUCCGAAGCAAAGUGUGAAGCCAGCCGUGCCGGGAUGUAGGUGCUGGAUGCUUUGGCAGCCGAGUCUUUGUCUUGGGUAUCUGAUCCCAGGCUCCCCAGCCUGAAAGUAAGGGGACAGAGUGGAAUGUCCUGUGGACAAGCUCUCUCUGUGUGAGUGUAUGAAGGAGUAGCAGCCCACAUUCAGUUUUUCUUUGUUUUAAAGUUUGCUCUGGUAGGGAAUUAUUUUUGAGGAUGGGGUGCACUUUUAGCACAGUUUCUAUUUUUGGGGACCACAGUUGCCUCCGGAAUGGUUCAUUGCAGGAAGCAGCGUGCCACUGAAUGUUUGGAGGUUUCAGCUAUGCAGGUACAGGAGGGGAUCUGUUAAAAUGCUCACUAAUGUGAAGAUCCCAGAAUGAAGCUGACAGAUUGACCCUCAGGGUUUCUGGCUUCUACCUUCUCCCCUGGUGGCAGGAAGUAUUAUGUUAGAUUAUUAUUGGAAUCUGAUGGGUGCCAAGAAACUUUUAAGGCAAAGGAGACUAAAGAACAGCCUCACUUGCUUCUGUCACCAGCAUGUUCUAGGCUGGAACUAAGGUUGCUGAACUAGAGUUGUUCCUUUUCCCACUCCUUUCCUUGGCAGGAUUAAGUGCUGAAUGGGGGUAGUUCUAGUAAACUCAGGAGACAAGCAGAGAAGUCAGCCAGGGGACAUCGAGGCCUUGACUUCAAGUUUCCCUUUUUUUUCCUUCCAGAGGUGGGGAGGGAGGACAGCAGCUGGAACGACGAGAAACUGGAGCCCAGUUGUGCUUUAGGACUUGAAGUGUGCAAACCCAGCCAGCAGUAUCAAUUGACGGGGCAAGCAGGUGUUGGCCAGUGAACGUUAGCAGCUAUUUGCAAGUUGAAUGUUCUUUGUUGGCUCUGAAAAUUAGAUUUUGGUGUAAAAUGCAGAGGAGGAAGAGUGCAGAUCUGGCCUCCCAUCACAGCAAAGAAAUCCACAAGCUCUUUCUGUCAGUCACUUUGUAAUUUUUUUUAAUGCAGCAGAGAAAGAAAGAAAUAGUUAGAAAUCCCCAUUGUGGAGUGUGCAUACUACUGGAAACUUAGAAUUCACUCAGAUUCUUUUUAUUCUGCGUGGCGUGUGUGUGUGUGUGUGUCUUUUUUGAAGAUCUAAAAUUCUCAUGGCCUUUUUCUUCUUUUGCAUCAUGCCCUUGUUAAAAAGCAGCCGGCGCAAAUAUCUGCUGCCAUUUCCUCAGUAUAAAGAACACGCAGCUGCUGCUGAAAUCAGCAACUCUGUCAGUCCUUGUUCCUGGACAUGUCUGGUAAAUGUACGCCAUGCAUUCCAUUGUAUGCCAUGACAGCAUCACAUGGGAAACUGUCCAGGCAAAUAGUGACCUGUGGAGGAGAGCCAGUGAGCAUCUCACUAGUGUUAGGUCUCUGUACUUUGGGAUUUAAUUUCAGGGAAAGGGGAGGAGGAAGAGAAGGAGCCCUUCUUUUGACAGCAGCCAUACUCUCUCUGGGUAGCUGCACAACCGCUUGCCUUCCUGUCUGAGAACACCGUCUUUUCUCAGUAUUUUAGCCAAGGAGCGCAUGUAGCGUAGAGGAAAACAAUCCUGCGUAGCUCCCAAGCACACAAGUGGUUAGGAGCUGCUGUGUGGGGGCAGGUAUUAUUUAAAGACAGCACAGUAAAAAGACUCCACUUUGGGCAGAAGUGAUAUCCUUUGGAGCAUUUUUGACCUGCAAGUGAGAUGGACACUGUAGAAGCUGUUCCCCAGCAACCUGCUCUUUGUGCCUUGUGGCGAAAGAAACAAGAACUUUUGGGAGAUCUUUCUCUUUUGAACCCUUUCUCUCCUGAGGUGUGUUGGUUUCCAUAAUAUGUACUCCCUUUAGUGGAGAAUACUUGAAAAUUACACUGUCUUUUCCCCUGGUUAAUUUUAUAGGAAAGUGAACUAGCCUUUUCUCUCUUUUUUGGCUCCAGACUUAUCUGGAUGUCACAGUUCUACUCUCCCUUCCUCCUCCUAAUUGAAUGUUGCCUCAUUUUCUGUGUACAUUUUUAAUUUAUUGUUGGUGGAUUUGGGAAGUUGAAUCAUUGCAACUUUGAGAGUGAAUAACAGCCAAUUAAGAAUGUAUAUAUUUGUCUCUCAUGCAUUCAUCCCACGCUGCAAAUGGGUUUCUCAGCCUUUUGUGAACAAAGCAUACAAAAUAAUCAGCGUUAAUUGAAGGGGUGAAUGUAGGUGAGACCCACUGAUUUUCUUGUUCCAAAUUUGUUGCAAUGUCCUAUUUCUAAAUUCUGGGUUGUGGGUGAAGACACGGGCUUCCUGAUGGUUUGAACAUGAAUUUUGAUUGAUUUUUACAAAUACCAAAGGUUUUGUUUUUUUAGGAAAUAAAUGCUGUUCAAGUCUA